AUGGCUGAACAGCUAAUUCAACGUGGUACCCUUGAAGGCCACAGCGGCUGGGUCACCAGUCUCGCUACCAGCUUGGAGAACCCUAAUAUGUUGUUGUCUGGUUCCAGAGAUAAGAGUCUGAUCAUCUGGAACUUGACCCGCGACGAAGCUGCCUACGGAUACCCUAAAAGAUCUCUGCACGGCCACUCGCACAUUGUCUCCGACUGCGUUAUCUCCUCGGAUGGCGCCUAUGCCCUCUCCUCAUCCUGGGACAAGACUCUUCGAUUGUGGGAGCUUUCCACUGGUAACACCACCCGUACCUUUGUCGGCCACACCAACGACGUCCUCUCCGUUUCUUUCUCUGCAGACAACAGACAGAUCGUCUCUGGCUCUCGUGAUCGAACAAUCAAGCUGUGGAACACUCUCGGAGACUGCAAAUUCACCAUCACCGACAAAGGCCACACCGAUUGGGUUUCCUGCGUUCGCUUCUCUCCCAACCCUCAAAACCCAGUGAUUGUCAGCGCUGGCUGGGAUAAGCUAGUCAAGGUCUGGGAACUUGCCUCCUGCCGCAUCCAAACCGACCACAUCGGCCACACCGGAUACAUCAACACUGUCACCAUCUCCCCCGAUGGUUCUCUCUGUGCAUCUGGUGGUAAGGACGGUACCACCAUGCUCUGGGAUCUCAACGAGUCGAAGCACCUGUACUCCCUCCAAGCCGGAGAUGAGAUCCACGCCCUUGUCUUCUCCCCCAACCGAUACUGGCUCUGCGCUGCUACAUCCUCCUCCAUCACCAUCUUUGACCUUGAAAAGAAGAGCAAGGUUGAUGAGCUUAAACCUGACUAUGUCGAGAAGGGCAAGAAGUCUCAAGAGCCGUAUGCUGUCAGCUUGGUCUGGAGCGCUGACGGUCAAACUUUGUUCUCUGGUUAUACCGACAACAAGAUCCGUGCUUGGGGUGUCAUGUCUAGGGCAUAA